AUGUUGCAUGAUAGAACAAGGCCCUCAUACUCCCCGUACAGGCCUCGGGGGAGAGGCCCAUCCCUCUACUCUGACGGCUUCACCCCUCUCACCAAAACCCCAAGUGAAAUACUGGCCACUGAGAGGGUGAAGAGCUCCUUCCCAAGACCACCACCCAUAAAACCCGGGCCAAAAGCACAACCCAACGAGUACUGUGAUUUUCACAAAGGAUUUGGUCAUAAGACUGAUGAUUGCAUGUAUCUAAAGAGGGAAAUAGAGGCCGCGGUGAAAACGGGUAAGCUGGCCCAUUUGGUUAAGGAAAUUAAGGAAGGAGUAGGGGACCGCAAAGGGAAAGAUGUACGGGAGCCUGGAAGGGCAGAUGUAGACAUGAUUCGAAUGAGGGAUGAAUUUGAUACCACUAGAAGUGUAAAGGACAGAAUUCUGGGCUCCCCAGACCGCAUGAAAGCUCCCAUCUUGAUGCCACACCUGGAGAAAAACGAAGUGCAGCGACUCCCUCUUAACAUUUCAUCCAUAAUAGCUGGCCACAAGGUGGCCAGAAUACAUGUGGACGGAGGAUCCGGGGUAGAAGUAAUAUAUGAGCAUUGUUUCCUCAGAUUUGACAGGGACGUAAGAGAUAGGCUCGGGGAGGACUCUAUUCCCCUAGUAGGCUUCAACAACAGUGUAUCACACCCUUUGGGAAAGAUCAGACUCCCAUUUACAGUCGGGGUAGGGGAUCGUGUCCGAACUAUAAACCUAACUUUCACAGUGGUCCGGGCACCCUCAAAGUACAAUGCAAUCCUGGGAAGACCUGGGAUUGGAGAUCUACAAGCACAGGAAUCGACCCCACACGGAGCUCUAGUGUUCCAGACGCCAAAGGACUUGGCUUGGGUAAAGUCUUCAUACGAAGUCAUUUCCUCCGUAUCUAAGGGGGAAGCAUCCGAGAAACCCCAAAAGGAUGGGGUAGAAGAAUGGGUCCUUUGUGACAGAUUCCCAGAGCAGACAGUCAAAGUAGGAAGUCACCUAAGUGACAAGUGCUCUCAAGGAGCUGCUCCUUCUCAACAUAGAUGCAUUUGCAUUCCAACAUGGAGACAUGACAGGAAUCCCAAGAAGCUUGACUGA